CUGUAAUUGGAAUAACACGUGGGCUCUCCCGCAUUUCUGUUCCCCUAGUACUUUAUUAGUGCAUUUUUAAUGGAACUUGUGAGUGAUGAUUGUUUUUUAUGUUAGUUUUACACAUAAUUACUAAAAACCCACAUCACUCAACUAUGAGUUUAUAAACACAAGAAACUGAAGCAAUCAAAAAUGGAUCGGCGUAAGUGGUAAAAAUGUAUGUGUCAGUGUUACCACGGACUAUAAAGACAAAGAUAUGGUGUGUGAUAACGGUGGUGACCGUCGGUGUACUUGUGGAAGUGGUCAGCCUCAAUGGAGCCAACGUAUGCAUGGUCAAGCAGAAAUACAACAUAACUAAACGCGUGAAGUAUCGGGCCCCGAUGUCUAUACGCACUUAUGAAUGGUGCUUCAACAUGCCGCCGCGGUGCUCCCGCUGGAACACUGAAAUGAGGGAUCUCACAAGGCUCGAGACAGAAGAACGUAUAGCCGAGGUCGCAGUUUGUUGUCCCGGCUACAAAAUGCAAGACGUCUCGUGCGUCCCAAUCUGUCCCAAUGGAAAAACUGGACCUAAGUGCUCCAACGAAUGCCCAACCAACAAAUGGGGUCCAAACUGCAUACAUGACUGUAAAGUGUGUUCAGAUCAUAGCACAUGUUCCCCUGUCACCGGCGAAUGCGUGUGCAGGGUCGGAUGGCAAGGUGAGAGUUGUCAAACCAGCAUGUUUACAACAACUGCAACCCCCGUGAUGAGGGAAUUACUAACAACUACGAAAGCAACUACACAAUCUGCUCCGUCUACUACUAAAUCUACUACAACUACUACCACUUUAGCGCCUGUCACUACAACUGUAGCAAAAGUACCUGUAACGUAUAUUAGUGUUAGUACAUCGACAGUGAAAGUCACAUCGCCAACGCCAUCAACUGUUCAUUCAGUUGUAAAUAAAAACUUAGAAAGUGCACAUAAAAAUGAUACCAUUAAUUUUUUUACGACUUUUAAUCCAAUCGCAACUGAGGUAACAAAACGAUUCCUCGCUGCUAAUUCGGUAUACAACAAGACAGAAUCAACAACUGAAAUAACUAAAACUAUUUUAAUUAACGAAGCUCCGACACCUUCAGUGCAAUUAAUAAAAACAUUGCCUACUUUAAUGCCCACUAGUUCAUCUAUAAAACCAGUUCUAAGUACUACGCCUAAAACGAACCUAACAUUACCAAUUAAGGAAGUCAAAGAGAAUGUCGAAACCACAAGAAAACCUGAAACAACACUAAGAUCGUAUCCAACUACAUUAAAGUUCAAACCAAAAGAAAUAUGGAUAAAACCAGCCCAGAAAGGUGAAUCUCCUAUAUUAGAAAUAAAACCAAUACCAAAUCAUGAAGUGCAUCACAUGAAACAUAAACAUAUAACAAAGAAGGAACUUGAAAGUACAACACCAAAGACUAUUAUUGUUUCUAUAAUACCUACAUCGGUUUCAUAUGCAACAUUUAAGAAAAUAGCAUUGGCUACAGUACCUUAUAUGGCUCAAAAGAAUAGCACUGUGAUGAAAUCGUAUAGCCAAAUAAUAGAAGAAUUCACAAAGUCUAUGUCUGUUCAAACAUCUACAUCUGUUCCUUUUAAAAAGCUGAAUACUUUGUCAUUAAGGCAAGGGAGUUUGUCCACAACUACCAGCCCUGCGUCUCGAAAUGUGACUAAAUCACUACAUACUACAUUAGCACCUACAAAAGGAAUUACGAAAGUAAAUAGUAAAACUAACAGCAUGUCAAGCACGUUCUCUGUUAAUCCUAACUAUACUCCUAAUUUUCUAACAACGAUCUCUUCAAUUAACACCAAACCAACAACAAGAAAGCGUAAUAUGGUAACAACUCAUAUGCCAAAAGGAAUUCCAAAAACUACACAGAAAAUAAUUACAAAUAAAAAAAUUGAUGCUACGCAAAGAAAUAAGACAGUAACGUUUAUUACAAAAGAACAAAGUGAUACAAAACCAGAACUGUCUCCUAAGAAAAGCACCAAAGUCUUAAAAAACGCACCUGGAAUGAGUAACAAUACUAAAUUUAAUGUUUCGAAUGAUUCUAACUCUAAAACUAAUACUGUAACCGAUCAGCCGAAAGGAGAUGAAGAAGUAUUUCAUAUUUUGACAGAGCCGGAGCACAUUACUGCUGUAAUGGGUGAGAAAGGGACGGAUAGAACUUCAGUUGAUCUCGUUUCGGUGAUAAGUAUUGCUGGAGGAGUUAUGAUGGCUAUCAUCACGGUAGCGGUUAUUAUAGUGAUGAUAGAGAGAUGUAAGCGGCCUAGAUAUGAAGAUGUAAGGAAAAUUAAUGAUAUAAGGAUGCAAGUUAUGAUUGAUAAAAAUGAUGUCCCCCCACCGUAUGUACGAAGUAUUUUUCAUACGCCAUUACCAGAUCCACCAACGUCAGAAAAAUGCCAUUAUCAACCGAUAUCAACACUAGAUCGUAAUUUAAAACAAUUUAUGAGGCCUGUUGUAGUACAAACUAUUUCACCCAUAAUGCUGGAAAACUUCAGAGGUAUUCUAGAAUGUCAUUAUGACCAUUUACCACGAAGGGAUCACGAAUUCGGAACAAUGCCAAUCCGGGGUACAGCGACAUCUAUCAACUACAGUAAUGAACUUCGAGCACCGCGCGCUUACUCAGUAACCGAAUCGACUAUAGAAGCAUUGAAAUGCGAAGCUAAAUUGGACGUUAUUGACACUACAACUAGCGAACCUCUUUAUGCUGAGAUUCCAUGUUGGAGACCUCCAUCUGAGCACGCUAUCGAAGUAAUAAACACCAACGGCGAAGCAGUCACUGAAUUAUGAUUGCAUUUUAGUAUCUCUAGUGAACAACAGAUGGCGCUGUUCCAUGAAAAAUUUAUGUAAUUUUUCUAACUCUAUGAAUUGAUUUCUAUGUGAACUAAUGACAUAAUGAACUUGUUUGUUUAUAGUGAAGUGACUCAUAUUUGUUUUGAAUAAUGUUUUAUUAUUGAAUACAGUGAUUAUGUACCUAAGAAUUAAAUAGUAAUGAAGAAAAAUAUACUUUUUAUUUUACUUCG